AUGGCAGCCCGCUUGGUGCGACGCUGCUGCUGGCGGCACUUCGGUGCCUUCGUCUCUACUCCUUCAGCAGUCCGCCUGCCGGCUGGGAAGGUGAUGACGGCAAGAGCUCUGCCUCAAGCACCUUUCACUUUAAUUCAUACUUCCAGCCCUUCCAGCUGGGCAGAUGGAUUCUCAGUCAAAGAGCAGGUGGAGGACAGAAGAAACCCAGAGCACAAAGUGAUCGGGGAACUGAUUGAAACAGCAGCGAGUCCUCAGGAACUCUUGCAGUUGAGCGAACUCCAUGUUCUUAAUAGCAACCAAGCCUCGCUAAUGAUUACUCAACUUUCCCGCCUUGCAGCAGAAAAAAAACUGGAAACAGAGAGCAUUCUGCAAGAUGAACGUUUCCAGCAGCUCAUCAGCAUCACAGAUUCCCAGAUUUCUCAGGUGUGGAAUAACACCUUGGUGAAUCUCCUGAAGAGCCUCUACUCCCUGGGGAUGGACAGCAACAAGAGGGAGAUGCAGUCGGUGGAGCAGGAGGUGAUGUGGCGGCUGCGGCGUCUCACCUUCAGGCAGCUCGCCUCCCUGGCAGAGUUCUUCGCAGUCAAGGAGGGGAAGGAGAGCAAGCUCCUGAACGAAGUCAUCAAGAAGCUGGAGCUGCGUUGGACAGAGCUCGAGGGUACCCGAACCGUGGUGACCCUGAUGGGGAAGGUCGGGCACAUCUCCCCGGCUCUGAUGGACCGGCUGGAGGACAAGGCUCUGGAACUUGCUGAACAGUUCAACCCCGAUGACAUCCGGAAAAUAACUCUGGCUCUAGCCUACCAGAACCGGCGGUGCGUGCCUCUGCUCCGAGCCUUGUCCUACCACCUGCUUCAGAAGCACUCUGACCUCAGCCUCAACGUCCUGAUGGACCUGAUUUUCGCCUACGGAAAACUGAAUUUCCACCAGCCCCAGGUCUUCCAGAAGAUAGCCACCGACCUGCACCCCCACGUUUCCACAAUGACGCCCGUCGAGGUGACGCGCUGCAUCAGAUCCUUCGCCCUCCUCAAGUGGCUCAGCCUGCCGCUGUUUGAGGCCAUUGCGCAGUAUGCCCUGGACAACACCAAGCAGCUGUCGGUCACCCAUUUGUGCGGUAUCAUCCUGUCUUUUGCGCGCCUGAACUUCCAGCCUAGUGGAAGCGAGGACUUCUUCAACAUGGUCCACAAGGAGCUCCCGAGCCAGCUAGACAGCCUGGAGCCUCACCUGCUGACGGACCUGGUGUGGUCGCUCUGCGUGCUGCAGCAGGCCAAGGCUCCCUACCUGCAGCGAGCGCUGGCACCUGACUUCCACGCUCGGAUCCGAGGCGAUCAGUCCCUCAAGGCCCAGAAUUUACGGCUGAAGCUCAUCCACAUCAAUGCUGCUGCCAACCCCGACUACCAGGGACCGUUCCUGCCGGCAGAUAUGCUGAGCCCCGCGGAGCCGGUGGGGGAGAAGGUCACCCUGCUGCAGAGCAGCCUGCGGGAGGCAUUGGCAGGGGUGCUGGGGAGCCGGGACAACGGGCGCUUCGACGUACACACCAUCUACGGCUGGCAGAUCG